AUGCUGUCGUCGAUUGUGUCGAGUCUCGACACGUCGGAUCUGGUGGUGCUCACAUUGCUGGCCGGCGGAGCGAUCAUCUUCAUCGUCAUGAAAUUGCUCAAUCAGCAGCCCUCUUCCACCAGGUACGUCUUCGUCUGAAAAAUAAAAAAGGAAAGAAGACCAUUAAUUACCAUCGUCGCUAAUUCGAUUUACUAAUUUGUGACGUCCUCUUGGUCUUUCUGGCUUUCCAUUUCCGUGUACUUUUGUCUGUUACCCCCGAGUGAUCAAUCACAAACAAUUCAUUUUCUGAAGGUACUCGCCGACCGUCGCAUCUGUCACACCGUCAACUGUGACCUCCAAAUCGAAUCAGUCGUUCAUUGAUCGCAUGAAGAAUGAGAACCGACAGGUAUCAAAACAACGAAACAAAUGAUUGAUAAGAGAGAUUGUGAGUGCAGGUGCUCAUCAUGUACGGAUCGCAAACGGGAACCGCCGAAGAGAUGUCGGGGCGUCUGGCCAAGGAUCUGACAAGAUACUCGAAGAAGGCGGUCGUCGUCGACCCGGAGGAUAUUGAGUGCGAAGAUCUGAACCGACUGACAGAAGUGGAAGACGCGCUGCUCGUGCUGUGCAUCGCCACGUACGGAGAGGGAGAUCCGACUGAUAAUGCGGUGGCCCUCGUCGAAUAUCUAAAUGCCGGCGACUGCGAUCUCUCCGGGGUGCGCUUCGCCGUUUUCGGACUCGGAAACAAGACGUACGAGCACUUCAACGCCAUCGGAAAGCAAAUGGAUCAGCAACUCGAGAAGCUCGGCGCCAAGAGAAUCUUCCAUCUGGGACUGGGAGACGACGACGCCAACCUCGAGGAGGACUUUAUGAUCUGGAGAGAAGCAUUCCUGCCAAAAGUGGCCGAGGAGUUUGGAUGGGAACUGAACACGGAGGCGGAGACGAUGCGGCAGUAUCAGCUGGAGCCGGUCGAGGAGGGAAAAGCUCUUUUCCGCGGAGAAUUCGGAAGACUGGGUGCCUACGAGAGACCUCGCCCGCCGUUCGACGUCAAGAAUCCGUAUUUGGCUACCGUGGUGAUGAACGACGAAUUGCACACGGAUCAGUCGGAUCGUAGCUGUCGGCACAUUGAGUUUUCCGUUGAAGGUAGUCAAAAACGAGCUGUUUGCAACUCAUAAAUUCCUCUUUUCAGGCUCCCGUAUCCGUUACGAAGCCGGAGACCAUCUGGCCGUCUUCCCAACUAACGACCCAAUUCUCGUUGAUCGCCUCAUCGCCAUGCUCGAAUUCGAUCCGGAUCAGGCGUUCCGUCUUGUGAAUGUCGACGAAGAUGCCUCUAAGAGACACCCGUUCCCGUGCCCGACCACUUUCCGCACCGCCCUUUCCCACUACGUCGACAUCAAUGCUCCGGUCAAAUCGCACGUUCUGAAGGCAAUCAGUGAAUACUGCAGCGACGAGAGCGAGAAGGAAUUCCUGUCGAAACUGGCGACCGCCAACGAGGAAGGAUUGAAGGAGUACGCGCGGUACAUUGUCAAGGAACGCCGCUCCGUCGUCGACGUGCUGACCGAUCAGAAGUCGUGCAAGCCGCCAAUCGAGUACCUUCUCGAGUUGCUGCCACGUCUUCAGGCCCGUUACUACAGCAUCGCUUCGUCCCCGAGACUCUGCGAAGAGAAGAUCGCCGUGUGCGCCGUCAUCACCAAGUACACGAUCGGAGACCGUCUGAUCAACGGAGUGUGCACUCGCUACCUGACGACCAAGGAAGUCGGCUCGAAGUCGCCGGUGUUCGUCAGAAAGUCGACGAUGCGUCUUCCGCACAGAACGUCCACCCAAGUGAUCAUGAUCGGCCCAGGCACUGGAUUUGCUCCGUUCCGAGGCUUCCUACAGGACAGACAAUUCCACAAGAACGCCGGAAAGGAGGUCGGCGCAAUGCACCUUUACUACGGAUGCCGUCAUCCGGACCACGACUACAUUUACCGUGAAGAACUGGCCAAGUUCCAAGAGGACCAGGUGCUCACUCAUCUCGAAUGCGCCUUCUCCAGAGCUCAAGAGAAGAAGGUAUCACAAUCCUUCUGUGAUGUUCCCUUACCUAACCGAUCUCUUCUUCAGGUGUACGUCCAGGACCGUCUCUGGGACACUCGCGACCGCAUCUGGGAGGCGAUCAACGGCGGAGCUCACGUCUACAUCUGCGGAGACGCCCGAAACAUGGCCCGCGACGUGCAGGCGACUCUCCAGAAGAUCUUCCGAGAAAUCGGAGGAAAGUCGGACACGGAAGCCGUCGCCUACUUUAAAGACAUGGAGAAGACGAAGCGUUACCAGGCCGAUGUCUGGUCAUAA